AUGGGAAGCUCAUCAGACAAGAAGCGCAAGAGCGCUGAGGAUACAACACCCCAAAUCAAGAAGAAGAAGGUCGACUCCGAGAAAUCGUCCAAGUCGCCCAAGUUCAUCAAUGUCGGAGCUGUGAAGAGGCCGCAGCAUGCGCCUCCGGUCGUGGCCGCGACCUCGGGACUUGCUCUCUCUUCGUCCAUACAAUUUCAAGCCUACGCCACACCAGCCGACAAGACCUCGAAGCGCAAGAAGAAUGGUGCGCCCGCACAAGAGUUGCUGCUGCACUCUGCCAACCACCGGACGAUGGACUACACAGCUCGCGAAGACAGGACAGGAGACUCGUCCGACCCAUACCUAAAGCACUACAUUGGCAUCUUCAACCCCAAAACGGCCGAGGUCGAGAUUGUGGAGGCGCGCAAGACGGUGCUCCGUGGCACAGUUAGGUCGCAGAAGGCUGUUGACGAGGCAAUGGAAGAGAAGACUCAGAAACAGCAAAUGAUGGCCAUGAGGAACGAGCUCGGCGAGGCAUUCGGUACGAAGAAGGCGAAGAAGGCGAUCCGCGACGUGACCGAGAACGCCAUUACAUCCCAAAAGGUUGGCCAGAGCGAGCUGGUGAUGAUGGACGCCAUCAAGACCGCCACCAAGGACAUGUCGACCAAGGAAGACCUUCAAGCCGCUGUCGACAACGCCCGACCGGUACCGCGCGGCAACUUCGCUGCCACGGAAAUCGCAGACGUCUACGUACCAUCCCAAAUCAUCGGAUCCGAGGUCCUGAACGCGAUACCAGUGAUGGAUUGGCAGGAGAGCGUCAAGAACCUAGAGGACAUCCAGGUACCUUCGCGCUUCGUCGCCAAGCGCGUUUCCAACGUAGCAAGCAGCGACGACGCGGUGCACAGAUUGAGGGUACUGCGGUACCUCUUGUUCGUCAUCAUUUUCUGGAACGCCACCUCGCAAGGAAGGGAGCGUGGCACAAGAAGCAUCGGUAAGAGGGAUAAGCUGCGCGAGGUUAUGGCACCAGCGCCCGAGAUCGUGAUUGAAAACAUCCGCCGCAAGUUCUCGGACGGCGGAGUCAUGCGCAAGACACACGUUGACCUUCUGAUGACACACUGCUGCGCAUUUGCCGCCAUCAUCGACGGCUUCAGGGUCAACACGAUUGACUUGAGAGAAGAUCUGAAGCUGGAGCAGAAGCAGCUCAACCAAUACUUUAUCGAGAUUGGAGCUCGCGUCAAGCAGCAGAAGGUCGCUGACAAGAUGGAGAACUUUGCCGUCCUGCAGCUGCCUCUCCAGUUUCCCAAGAUCAGACUGCCGGCACGGAAGAGGUAAAUCACCCUUUGCUGAGCCGGGCCCACGGCCACGGAUCAUAUCAUCAAGUUUAGUUGGAUUUAGCGCAGUGCACAUCAUCCACCCAGUUCUACAUUGGACAUUUCGGCACUUACGUUUGGAAGUGCUCUACGAAGUGCUGAGAAAAGGCAUGCUUUUGGCAAGAGAAGCGAUUGUCCAGCUCAGUUGGAAGUCUGGCCGCUUCCAGCCUGUAACCACCAUGGUGUGUUGUUGAGACACACCCAAGCGACACCCAGGCGCUGGCCAAUCAAAAUUCCAAGCGCCUAAUCGAGAGGAGGCCAUGACCUGUACCGCACUAUUUGAGCAUCUUGCGGAGGUAUACAUCAGUUAUUUUGUGGUUCGGGCAGUAAAAGCUAUGCUAGAAAGCAUAUAUCAUUGUAUAGACGGUUUAGAGAAUAGUCAUGGAAAUUGAUGGGCCAUAAGAAGAAUGGCGGGAAGCCUAUUGUCCCCCAGUCUUUAUAAGCUCUGAAUGGGGUCAAAGAGAUGACAAUGAAAUCUAGGAAAAGGGUCACCCCACAG